UCCCGUGAGGCGGAGCAAUACGUGCAGGCGUCUUCCCUCCUAGCUUCUCUUCCCAUUGAGUCACGGCGCGCUGUGAGCCCUGUUCGGGCGAUUUUUACCUACUGAAGCCUGGGGAGAGCCGAGAGACUGAGGCGGGCGUUCCAAUUAGAACGCUGGGGCAAAGUAGAGACUUCUCUCGUGGCUGCAGCGAUCCAAACAGAGAGAAAAAUCGCCUGUAGUCUGGGGGCCAGACGCAGGCAGGGGGAGGGGGGCGCUUUCCCACAGACGGAUCAGCUUUUUGCAGCCCUUGUUGAGCAAGGGCGAAGAAUAGAGAUAACUGGGACCGAAAAAAUGAAUCGGAGUUUUAAUAAAUCUCAGAGUCUGCGGUUUUUCGAUUGUAACGCAGUGGAAGUCAAGAGUAAGUUUGGGGCUGAGUUUCGAAGAUUUUCUUUGGACCGUUACAAACCUGGAAAGUUUGAAGACUUCUACAAGCUUAUCCUUCACAUCCAUCACAUUUCGAACAUGGACGUGAUGAUUGGAUAUGCUGAUGUGCACGGUGACCUACUGCCCAUCAAUAAUGAUGACAAUUUCUUCAAGGCUGUCUCAAGUGCAAAUCCAUUGCUCAGAGUCUUCAUUCAAAGACAAGGUGGCUGUUCUUCAUUACCUCCCUCUACCCCAUGUUGGUUAGAAGAAGUAGACUUCUGUAACUUUGGGACCAGCACAUUAACUAGGAAGAAGAAGGUCCUGGUUACCCUUCGUAAUGAUAACCUCCGCCGGCGUCCUCACCUCAACAUCAGCAUGCCCCAUGACUUCCGACCGGUAUCUUCUAUCAUUGAUGUGGACAUCCUUCCUGAAACCCACAGGAGGGUCCGGCUGUACCGGCACGGGUGUGAAAAGCCACUUGGGUUUUAUAUCCGUGAUGGGACCAGUGUGCGGGUGACGUCCCAAGGCCUUGAGAAAGUCCCGGGCAUCUUCAUUUCCCGCAUGGUCCCUGGAGGCCUUGCUGAGAGUACAGGGCUGCUGGCUGUGAAUGAUGAAGUCUUAGAAGUGAAUGGGAUUGAAGUGGCUGGCAAAACCCUUGACCAGGUCACAGACAUGAUGAUUGCCAACAGCCAUAAUCUCAUUAUUACUGUUAAACCAGCCAACCAAAGGAACAAUAUUAUUCGUAGCAGCCGGAUGUCUGGUAGCUCAGGUCAGUCAACAGACAGUACAGCCAGUCACCAUAGCUUGCCUUCUUCCCAUGCUGAACAGAACUUCCACCCUGAUGAAAUGGAGAGUGAUGAAGAGACCGACAUUGUCAUUGAAGGAGCUCUGGAGCCCCAGCAUAUCUCCAAAACGCCAAGUCUGCCUUCCAGCAGCCUUUCCCGGGUCAAUGGCACAACUUUCAGCCAUAGGCUACAGAGGGAUCUCACUCUCAACAACUCCAGUAGAGAAAGCAAUGGCAAUCUCCACAAACUACUGAGUUCCCUAAAAUCAGAUCCACGUCAUAGUCUGGUCAUUCCCAGGGGAGGAAUUGAGGAGGAUGGGACAGUGAUCACCCUUUAGUGGUUCCAUUGUGUACUCUUCUGUGUGUGUUUGUGAUCUGAAAGUGACUCAGAACAGAGAUGACUAGAACCACACACACCCAGGAAGAAAGGACCUAUAUUUUUACAAACCUCACCAAAUGGAAGGAAAAGAACUGCAAGAAAUCUUAUUGAUUACAUGCAUAAUGGUCACAUUACAAAAAAAAACAAAAAACAAAAAAAAAACAAAGACACUGUGGGAGAAAUAACACAGAAAGUAGCCAUCCCCAUUUAAAAAUAAGUAGGAACUCAAUUGUAUAUUUUCUUGUUUGUCUUCAAUUUCCUUUUCCUGUUUUGCACGGUUCUUUCCAAGGGAUAAGUUGGAAAACAGAAGUGUUCUGUAAUUAUGACUUUGCAAAUGCAUAUAAAUUAUAUUUAUAUUAAUGCUUAAAUGCAAAAACUGGCCAUUUGCAAAUCAAUUAUAUCACAUCCAAAUGCAAUAAAAGCCUUAUUAAGAGUUUUUGAAAUAUGAAAUUGUUUGAUUGUUGUAUUAAAGAACAGUGAAUUUUAAAAUAAGUACAACCUCAAAUUAAAUAAGGAUAUAGUUUGGCAACAUCAUUAAUGGCCACUGCACAUGGGCAAAUCCCCUCUCCUUAUUUGCAGAUGUUUUACAAGUGAAUUUGGUUUGUACAUCUAUGCAUUAACAUUACAUACAAGGCUUAAGUUUAAGGAAUAAGGCUGAAUGUUUUUACAGACAUAUCUGAAUCUUUAUAAGGUACAGCUAUAACUAUAUUUUUAAAAAAAGAAAAAUGCCAUCUUUCCUGUUUGUAUAAAUCAGUAUAAUUACAUUACAAUAAAUAUUAUCAAAACAGGCAUUUGAAGGUAGGUGAUAGUAUCAUUCAUUACUUUAAAAAUUCUGAAAUCUCCUUUUGAAAGAGGGACUUAAUUUUUUUUUUUUUUUGUCAACAUCUAAAGACAACUAGGCACAUAAACCAGGAAGAAGUGUUUAAAAAAAAAAGAAGGAAAGAACCUAGAGAG